AUGAUUUUCUCCGAAGACGACAAGCUCAUUUUCCGAUUUGAUGACCACAUCCUAUGGGUUCAGCCUUGGGGAGAAAAUGCAUUUCGCAUCCGAGCAACCAAGCAGGCAUCAAUGCCCACGGAGAACUGGGCCCUCUCCUCCAAGCCUGCUAGCGGAAAGACGGACAUUCAAACCUCAGUCUCUGACGGGGAUGCUACGAUCUCGAAUGGAAAGAUCAAAGCCACUGUUUCAAGCAGAGGCAAGCUCACCAUCUACAACUCCAGCGGUAAAAAGCUUUUGGAGGAGUAUGCACGGCACAGACAAGACCCAAAAGACCCCAAGUGCAGUGCGUUGACAAUCGAAGCUCGCGAGCUGCGUCCGAUCUUAGGGGGAGACUACCACCUCACGAUGCGGUUCGAAUCUCUCGAUCCCAAAGAAAAGAUCUUCGGCAUGGGUCAAUAUCAACAGCCGUACCUGAAUCUGAAGGGUGCAGACCUUGAGCUAGCGCAUCGAAACUCCCAGGCCAGCGUUCCAUUUGCCGUCUCCUCUCUCGGCUACGGGCUUCUAUGGAAUAACCCGGGCAUUGGACGAGCAGUCUUAGGCACAAAUGUGCUGAGCUUUGAAGCAUAUUCCACAAAGGCCCUGGAUUACUGGGUUGUGGCGGGUGAUACACCAGCUGAGAUUGAAGAGGCAUAUGCCAAAGUCACGGGCUAUGUGCCCAUGAUGCCAGAGUAUGGUCUUGGCUUCUGGCAAUGCAAGCUCCGGUAUUGGAAUCAAGAGCAGAUACUUAAUAUUGCACGCGAGUAUCACCGUCGUCAAGUUCCCUUGGAUCUGAUUGUCGUUGAUUUCUUCCAUUGGAAGCACCAAGGUGAAUGGAGCUUUGACCCGGAGUUCUGGCCGGAUCCUGAUGCGAUGGUCAAGGAGCUCAAAGAGCUCAAAGUAGAACUAAUGGUCUCCAUCUGGCCAACAGUCGAAAACUCCUCGGAGCACUUCCCAGAGAUGCUCGAACGCGGACUCCUAAUCCGCCACGACCGGGGCAUGCGCGUAGCAAUGCAGUGCGAUGGCGACAUCACACACUUCGACGCAACAAACCCCGAAGCUCGCAACUUCAUAUGGAGCAAGGCAAAGAAGAACUACUACGACAAGGGCAUCAAAGUAUUCUGGCUCGACGAAGCCGAGCCCGAAUACUCCAUCUACGACUUCGACAUCUUCCGCUACCACGCCGGCAGCAAUCUCCAAAUCGGCAACACCUACCCGAAAGAAUACGCCCGCGCUUUCUAUGAAGGGAUGCAGGCAGAAGGCCAAACCAACAUCGUGAACCUACUCCGAUGCGCCUGGGCCGGCAGCCAGAAAUACGGCGCCCUAGUAUGGAGCGGCGACAUCGCCUCCUCCUGGGACUCGUUCCGCAACCAGCUCGCCGCAGGCCUGAACAUGGGACUCGCAGGGAUCCCAUGGUGGACAACCGACAUCGGCGGGUUCCACGGCGGCAACCCAGACGACCCGGAAUUCCGCGAACUGUUCACCAGGUGGUUCCAAUGGGGCGCGUUCUGCCCCGUGAUGAGACUGCACGGAGACCGGGAGCCCAAGCCGGAAGGACAGCCUACGGCUAGUGGAGCGGACAAUGAAAUCUGGUCGUAUGGAGAGGACGUGUAUGAGAUUUGUAAGAGAUAUAUUGGGAUUCGGGAGCAACUGCGGGAGUAUACGCGCGGGUUGAUGCGCGAGGCUCACGAGAAGGGGACGCCUGUUAUGCGGACCUUGUUUUAUGAGUUCCCUGGAGAUGACCGUGCAUGGGAGGUCGAGACGCAGUAUAUGUUUGGAUCUCAGUAUUUGGUCAUCCCAGUGUUGCAGGCUGGGCAGCGUGUUAUCCAGGUCUACCUUCCUGAUGGGGCAUCUUGGAAGGUUUGGGGUGGCAAGGAUGAUGCCGUGUAUCAGGGAGGUCGGGAGAUUGAACUCGACUGCCCGAUUGAGAGUAUGCCUGUGUUUAUUCGUCAAUAG